AUGUUCUCCACUCUAGCACGCUCCUCUGCCUUUGUGGCUCGUCCAUUGGUCGGACGCAAUGUUGCACGAACCUUUGUGACCCCUUCCUUGGCUGUGGCCGCGACAGAAGGACAAGCCGAAGUUGUCCUUGUCGGAUGUGGAGCUCCCAACAGAGGUAUGGGAUGGUACCACGCCGUUCAAAUGCUUGAAGAGAAGUGCCCCAGCGCUUCCUUGGAUUACAUUGUGGAACCCUGGUUCUUGGGAGCCGGAAGCGACUCUCCCGCCGGACAAGAAUUCAAAGAGUUCAAGGACGAUGCCGAGGCCAAGUACGGAGUCAAGUUUGCCGUUUCGUUGGAAGAACUCCCACCCCCAGAGGCUCCACGACUUGCAUUGAUCAGUGGACGUACCGCCGAUAACCCUCGUCUUUUGACCGAAUCCAUCGCCUUUGGAUCCAAGUGCAUCUACCUAGAAAAGCCAGGUGCCCCCACCGUUACCGAACUCGAGCAAAUGAAGCAGGAAGCCGAUGAUGCCGGUGUCGAGGUCUUGAUGGGAUACAACAAGAACGUCUGCAAAUACGUCCGAAAGACCCGAGAAUUCGCCGCCACUCUCCCCGGAUCACACGUUACCUUUAUCAGCAACAACGCCUACGAAAACACCCCAGAAUCUCUUGGAGAAUGCUUUGAGCGAAAUGCUGAGGGUAUGCUCAAGAACAUGGCCAUUCACGAAUUGGCGCUCCUUGUUUCUUUCUACGAUGUCUCUGUCGACAAUAUUGCCGAGGUUGUUGCUGACAAGGAAUUCUCAUCCAUGCAGACUUUGAAGGGACCCAGUGGCAAGGACUUUACCGACUUUGACAAGAUCAAGUUCACCAUCAAGACCAAGAACGGAAACCAAGUCAGUGUUGCUGCCGACCGUUGCGGAGGAACCGACUCGUACGCCACCGUGAGUGAUGCCGAUGGAAAGGAAGUCUUCCGAUACUACAUGCCCGAUGAUGAUGAUAAGGCACACGUCAAGGAAUUGGAAGCCAAGUACCCCACUGCCAUGCCAUAUUUCUUCACACAAGACCCUGACUACAUCACCGUCAAGGAACGUGUGGCCAAGCACACUGUGGACGGGGCUCCAGCAGAGGGUGUUGCAACUAUUGGAAUUGCUGUUGAAACCCUCAAGGUUGCCGAAUACCUCACACCCAUGCUUCGAGAACAGCUCAAAUAA